AGCCAAAAUCACAGACGCGUGUGUCGUGGUGAGGGCGCGCCUGAGUAUCUCCGCUCGAUGAAAUGGUCUCCAUCGGGAGCGCGCACAUAGAAAACUUCAAGAACUUCUGAACGUCUGGAAGUGUUUCAGUCUUGUCUGGAGCGAACGUUCUCAGACACUCAAAUAUCUUUCUAAGUUAUUUAAAUUCACUGGACACUGUUUACUCGUUUGGAAGAACUAUGGACAGCAUGGGGAUUUUGUCUCUUAUCUUCCUCGUCUUGUUGCAGAGUCCUGCCUCCCUCUCUCUGACAGUGAGCACCAGUAAGGCCAAAGUGGUGGUCCAUGAGAACACAGACGCUGUGCUGUCCUGUCAGUUCAAGACAGAGAAGGAGACUAACCCUCGUAUCGAGUGGAAGAAGAAAGGGAAGGACAUCACCUUUGUUUAUUUCGAUGGCAAAUUCAGCGGAUCCUUUGCAGGUCGGGCCAACAUCGAGGGUGCGACAGUGACGCUGCACGCCGUUACCCAGAAGGACUCUGGGCUGUACCGCUGUGAGGUCAGUGCUCCAGCAGACCACACCAACCUGGGAGAGAUUAACGUCACCCUCAACGUACUGGUGCCCCCCCACACCCCGUCCUGUGAGGUGCCCAGCUCAGUUUUGUCUGGGGCAGGGGUAGAGCUCCACUGUAAGGAUAAACUCAGUGUACCCCCUCCUACCUACAUCUGGUACAAAGACAACAAGGCGCUGAGCACCACACACACAACUGACACCUCCUUUAGCAUGGACACUGACAAGGGAACACUGAAGUUCAAGAGUGUGUCCAAGGCUGACUCAGGCCAGUAUCGUUGUGAGGCAUCCAACAGUGUGGGGGCGCCAAAGAGCUGUGUGGCCCAUCACAUGAAGGUCAUAGAAUAUCAGUUGAGUAUGACGACACUGAUAGCCGGAGCUGUAGGUCUCUUCCUGCUCGUUGUCAUGUGCUGCCUGGGUGUGUGCCUCUGUCAUCGACGGGGCUGCUGCAAAAAGCAGGAGCAGAAAGGAAGAAGCACCAACUCCUACAAUCCACCUCCUCCUCCCACCAGAAACCCCAAGAACUACAAGCACACCCAGUCCUUCAUGAUUUGAGGGUUUCCUUUGUGAAACUCAAAUCAAAGCUUGAAGCAGUGAAAUCACACAAAGUCCCCCUCCAACACACACACACACACACACACACACGCAGGGUGGAUUGUUCAACAUACAUAUUUUAGCUUGUUUACACCGCCUAGUGGCCAAAGGAUGAUGCACAAUGAUAUAUUUGUCACACAAAAACUGUCACUUGCUGUGUGUACUCUUCUCUUUUUGUGCUUUAUAUAACAUUCUGCUGUUUAUGGCUGUAUUGAGAAGCAACGAUGUGUAUUAUUAUUGUUGUUUUACAGAGAUGCUUUUAUAAUUAUGUUUUUAAAGUAUUUGUUUGCGGCUUUGGAUGUGUGUGAUGAAGGAUAUGUGAUGUUUGAACAGGUGUCUAUGCACUGACCAUUUUUAGAUAGCUAGUUUUUAAUUAAAGUUAUUUUACCACA